AUGCUGAAAGAUAUUGAAAGGGCCCUGGACUCUUUUAGAGAUCAACUGAACACUGCAGAGGAUGAUUUCGACAUGUGGAGACGAUCAUCUGGCUACAAACCAAAAUUUUUGAUACAAGAGACUUUGUUGCUUCUUUGGCCGAAAGGUAUAUGGUUCUCGCAGGCUACCCAAAGUUUGCUUUCAUGGCUUGGCUUGCAACUAGGGGAAGACUAUCUACCAUGGAUCGGGUUUCUCAAUGGAGUCAAGGCAUUGACACAAGUUGUGUCUUAUGCAAAACACUCCAGAAUCCCAGAACCAUCUUUCUUCGAGUGUUCCUUCUCAGCUCAAGUUUGGGAGCAUCUAGUCAAAGGUAUAUUGCAGAACUCAUACACUGCAGAAUGGACUGGUAUUAAGAUAUUGCUUGUUGAUCGGAAUCUGGAGAGAUACAAGUUGUUAUGUACUCGAUACGCCUUCCAAGCGCUGUCUAUGCGAUAUGGAGAGAACGCAAUAGGCGCAUGCAUGGAGAACCACCGCUGCCCACUCAAGCUCUGA